AAUAGAAAAUAUUUUUCAUACAUUAUAUUCGAUGUUGGGAAUUAGAGUUUGGACGUGACAGUGCCUCUUAUCUUCUUCGGUGCAAUGGGCAGUGCAAGUGCAAGUGCAAGUGCAAGAGAACAAAUGUAUUUGGUGGCUUUCCUCCUUCUAUUCCGGCCUUCAAAAUCAACGGCCAUAAGAGAGGAGCCAAAAGCCGCUGAUUGGCCGCAGCAGUUCCACUCGGUAAUGUUCAUGAACCGAACCGGAACUCUGCAGAAACUGGACCUCUGGUACGACUGGCCCAACGGCCGCAACUUCAACAUCAUCCAGAAUCAGCUCGACCACCUCGUCACCUACGACCUCGAAUGGAACAACGGAACCUCCUUCAUCUACACGCUCGACCCCUCCCACUCUAAGUGCCAAGUCCUGCACCUAGAUGUCGGUAUUCUCCGCCCCAAUUGGCUCGACGGCGCCACCUAUUUGGGUCAGCAACGCGUUGAUAAUUUCCUCUGCAACGUCUGGGACAAGGUUGAUUUCAUUACCUACUACGAGGAUGUCGUCACUCGUGUACCUGUUAAGUGGAUCUUCUACACAGGAUACACUGCUCACGUGAUGACAUUUGAGGUUGGUGCAGUGCUUGAGGAUCCACAUUGGCAGGCUCCUCUGUAUUGUUUUAGUGAGAAUGAGAAGGAAAAGAAUAGUCCCAUUUUAAGACCUGCUGAUCGCGGUGGUUCUCUUGGGAGUUUGAUGAGAGAGACACCUGUUCGGGAAACUAUGUAAUUAUGACAUAGAUGAUGACAACGGCAUAUGCACUAUCUUCAAUAAUUUUGGUCCACUUAAGGUGCUCAUGUUAUUAUUGUGUUGGAAGUCAUCUGUGAUAGUCUUUGAAACUUAUGCCUGACCAAGCAUUUUUAAAUUUUGUUGAAUUUGUUCCGUUGUGUGGGAAAUGUAGAAUGCUUUGCCGCUUUUAACAUUUACACUCUAGUAAGAGAAGCUCAAUUAGUUGGUCUAAUAUGGAAGUGGUAGAGAGUCUUGCGCGUAAUUUAGAAGGUAUCGUUGAAAGUUAAUAAAUUGAGGAAAGUUGAAAAAUUCUUGUUAGAAAAUUUUAUUUUAUGAGAAGUGUUGGUCUUUUAUUGGGUUAUUUAAA